AUGUCUUUGGCGAAAUGGAAAUUGGAUUACUCGGCUGGCUCGACUCGAACAGUAAGAAGCAGCGUGGAUGCGUCUCUGAAUCCUCCGGGUUACUCUCCUCCUGGCACUCCCAUUCAGCUGUUUGAGCAAAGUAGCAGCAACGAGCAGACGCAUCAUCUGAUGAAGAAACGUGCUUGGGACAUGGCGCUACAGCCAAUCAAAAGCUUACCGAUGAAUAUGUUCAUGAUGUACAUGUCCGGCAAUACGAUCAGUAUAUUCCCGAUCAUGAUGAUCGCCAUGAUGGCCUGGCGCCCAGUCAAAGCACUGAUGAGCGUUAAUUUGGCUUUCAAACCCCUGCAGGUUUUCAUUGCCAAUUUUCAUUUUUUUUUUCUGUCUUUCAUCUUUUUUUCGUUAUAUAGACUGCUUACCUAG